UUUUUAAUGAUGACAUGGCUUUGGCCCACCCCUCCUCCCUCGAAGUCCAUUGGCCGCCCCCGCAGGAUCUAGCUCCUGCCUUUGUUGCUAGGAAUGGCAUCUCACACAAUUCUUCCCUUCGGCUUUCAGUGCCCCUUGGCCUCCUCCUCCUAGUCCCUUAAGGUGGUCGAGGGGUCUUUGCGUGUUGCCUUUGCCCUCUGUGCUUCGCUCUUCCUCCAUGCCUUUGUUGUCUUCAAAGAGGCCUUCCAUGUCCUUUAUUAAAAACAAACAAAACGAAACACUCUUCCACAUCACCUCCCUCUUUAGUCUGAGAUUUUGUGAGUAAUAUGUAAAUCAGUUUUCAAAGAUUUAUUAAGAGAAAUGUGUUUGAUGAUGCCUCAUUACAUUUGAAAGUCUUGAAGCUUUGAGAGAUAGUGACUCAAGGCCUGAGACUGGGACUGUACUGUGUUCCAGAUGGGUUUCAGUGACUGUCAUAUUUGUUAAAAACUCAUUAAGGGGAGGGCGUUUGCUUCAGACACUCUAUCCCUAGGGUUGGAAUCUUGGCUCUGGUUCCUAGUCCAGCUUCCUGCUAAUGCCCACCCUGGGAAGCAGGACACGAUGGCUCAAGUACUUGUCCCUGCACUGACACGUGAGACUGGGAUUGAGUUCCUGGCUCAUGGCUUUGGCCUGGCUCAGCUCUGACUAUUGUGGACAUUAGGGGACUGACCCAGUAAAUGGAAGAAAAAGCAACGGUGUAGAUUUGAUGGCCAAGAAACAAAAGGAUCUAAGUUCAUUACCUCCAGUGCAAGUGAUUUCAGUGACCCAGUUUACAAAGAGAUUGCUAUCACGAAUGGUUGUAUUAAUAGAAUGAGUAAAGAAGAACUCAGAGCUAAACUUUCAGAAUUCAAGCUUGAAACAAGAGGAGUAAAGGAUGUACUGAAGAAGAGACUGAAAAACUAUUACAAGAAGCAGAAGCUAAUGCUGAAAGAGAGCAAUUGUGCUGACAGUUACUAUGACUACAUCUGUAUUAUUGACUUUGAAGCCACUUGUGAAGAGGGUAACCCACCUGAGUUCAUACAUGAAAUAAUUGAAUUUCCUGUUGUUUUACUGAAUACUCAUACCUUAGAAAUAGAAGAUACGUUUCAGCAGUAUGUGAGACCAGAGGCUAACACACAGCUUUCUGAUUUCUGCAUCAAUCUUACUGGAAUUACUCAGGAUCAGGUAGACAAAGCUGAUACUUUUCCUCAGGUCCUAAGGAAAGUAAUUGACUGGAUGAAAUUGAAGGAAUUAGGAACGAAGUAUAAAUACUGCAUAUUAACAGAUGGUUCAUGGGAUAUGAGUAAGUUCUUGAACAUUCAGUGCCAACUCAGCAGGCUGAAAUACCCUCCUUUUGCGAAAAAGUGGAUCAAUAUUCGGAAAUCAUACGGCAACUUCUACAAGGUCCCUAGAAGCCAAACGAAACUGACAAUAAUGCUUGAAAAACUAGGAAUGGAUUAUGAUGGGAGGCCUCACAGUGGUCUUGACGACUCUAAGAACAUCGCCCGAAUAGCUGUUCGAAUGCUUCAGGAUGGAUGUGAACUCCGAAUCAAUGAGAAAAUGCAUGCAGGACAGCUAAUGACUGUGUCCUCUUCCUUACCUAUAGAGGGCGCUCCGGCUCCACAAAUGCCACAUUUUAGGAAGUAGCCGCAUUUCUGACUGUGGCGCAUUCUAAUCUGAGCUGCUACCAAAGUAGCAGAUGAUUACUCCUUGAAUCAGUCCUACAGUGCAAACUUUAAGCACCUUAAACAUUUAAAAUCUUGUUACAGUUAUAGAUGGCUAUAGUUGUAUAUGUGAACAAAUUUCGUGAGAGGGCAUAUUGAACUGUCACCAGCACUUUUAAUAUGAGCAGUGAUUGUUACACAGUAACAGUUUCUGCUUUGAACUGAAUUUUACAAUUUAAGAUGUCCAAGAUGUGUUCCUUUUGGUUUUAAAAUGCAAAAUUUUAUUGGCUCAUACCUUGAAUGUCAUAUUAUUGAUGUCAAAAUACAGAAUAUAUUUCUACAUUAGCAUCAUUAAAUAAUUUCUUAAGAUGCAUAAAAGAUUGGAAGAUAGACCUUAUCUGAUCUUUGGAUUUUGAGAAUAUCAUGGUCCUUUUUUGAAUUUUAUAUGAGAAAUUCAACUACAGUUGUCCCACAGUAUCCAUGAGAUUGGUUCCAAGACCUUUCAUGGAUACUAAAAUCUGAGGAUGUUCAAGUCCUUAUAGAAAUGGCAUAAUAUUUGCAUAUGAGUAUAACCUAUACAAUCUUCCUUAUACUUUAAGUCAUCUCUAGAUCACUUAUAAUAUCUAAAACAAUGAAAUGCUGUGUAUGCUUAGGCAAUAAUGGCAAGAAAAAAAUUCUGCACAGGCACAACCAUGAUAGGCACACAGACCAGAGGAACUAGAUGUGAGGCAAACAAUGCUUGAAUGAGCGCUGGAAUGAGACUAGGGAUCUGAGAGAGAGUUGGAGGCCACAGUGGGUGUUGUUACUUUAUUUGGGUGGAUUUGGCUUGGUGCUGAAUGUAUAGCAAAUUCAGGUUUUGCUUUUGGAUUUUUUUCCUCCUGAAUAUUUUUAAUAUGCAGAUGGUUAAAUCUGGGUGUGAAGCCUAUGGAUACAGAGAGCCAACUGUAUAUGUGGUGAAUUUCUUCCAGUACUUGAUGUGCAUAUCUGCCUGUGUUUCUUUUCAACUCAUGAUUGGAAGACUUGUGAUAGAUUAGAGGAUUUUGUUAGAGACUUAGUUGGCGAUGAGAUAAAUACACAGUCAAAAGGCUGUUUAAAGGACUGUCGUAAAUUCCGUAGCUCACGUUUGGUAAUACGUAAAUAAACCAGUAGGUUUUUUUUUUUUAAUUAUUUGAUUGCUUGGUUCCCCUUUUCCUUAUGACGUAUCUGCCCAAAUUUCUAAAUGAAAGUAUACUGUGCUUUUAAUAAAAUUAAGGGGCACCACUUAAUUUUAAAUUUGUAUUCAGUAUUACAGGUGAGGUCAAUAAAAUCAAAUAAUGCUUUCUAUCA